CCCUGGGUGCAGCGGGGUGGCCAGGCCGGCGCCGUGCACGCUCGCGCUGCUCGCUGCCCACGGGCCUCGGGAGGGAGCGGACAGCGGGCCUCGCAAGGCGCUGCCCAGGCGGUGUCUGCAGCAAGCACGCCCAGCCGGCCGGCGGCGGGGCCUCGCGCGCUCGGAGGGACCAUGGCGCCCUCCAGGAGGACGUGCCUCUGCGACCUGUGCUCCUGCGGGCGGCACCACUGUCCACAUAUUCCUACUAAGAUUUAUGAUAAGACAGAGAAACCAUGUCUUCUCUCCGAGUACACCGAGAACUACCCUGUCUACAACUCGUACCUGCGCAGGGAGUCCUUCAAGCCCAGGCUGGAGUACCAGCGAGGCUCCAUACCGAUGGAAGGCCUGACCACGUCCAGGAGAGAUUUUGGGCCGCACAAGGUGGUGCCAGUGAAAGUCCACCAGCCUGACCAGUUCAUCCGGAGCGAAGAGAACAUGGAUUUGCUCACGACAUAUAAGCAAGACUACAACCCCUAUGUCGUCGGCCGCGUGGGCCCCAUCAAGCCUCGCGACAGCAAAUUCCCCUGUGCUGACAAGAUGGAGUGUCUGCCUACCUACAAAGCUGAUUAUAUACCUUGGAACCAGCCAAGACAGGAGCUGCUCCGUCCACCACACCAUUACCGGCCAGCGUCCAAGUUUGACAGCAGAACCACCCACCAGGAUGACUACCCCAUGAAGGGCCUCGUGACCACCAGAAGCUGCAAGCCCCCCCCCAUGCCGAAGCUCUGCAGCGUCCGCCUGGAGGACCUGACCAGCUACAAGAUGAGCUACGUGCCACACCCCGUGGAGAAGCGCUUCGUGUAUGAGGCAGAGAAGUUCAGACCCUGCGAAGUCCCCUUUGAGAGCCUUACCACCCACAAAGAAUCCUUUCAGGGCCUGCUAGGGGAGCCUGCGAAGAGCCUGAAGCCUCCAGCCAGGGGCCCUGGGCUGGAGGCUCCUUUCUCUACCACCACGGAGUUUCGGGACAAGUUUCAAGCCUGGCCCACACCCCAGGUGUUCUCCAGGGCCCCUGCCGCCUAUGUCCCUCCUGAAGAGAAGAUGGACCUUCUCACCACCACGCAGUCCCACUACACCUACCCUAAGGGCGCUCCUGCUCAGUCCUGCCGGCCGGUGCUCCCAGUGAAGAAGAGCAGCUGCUUUGAAGGCUCCACCACCACCAGAGAGGACUACAAGCAGUGGACCAGCGCACGGACAGAGAUGGUCAAGCCCCUUCCCCAGCUGAGCUGCCCCACUGAGCCCCUGGAAUGCCUGACCACCACGAAGGCCCACUACGUGCCCCACCUACCUGCCAAUACCAGAAGCUGCAAGCCCAUGUGGCCCGGCCCUCGAGGGAAUAUUCCCCUGGAGGGCCAGACCACCUAUGCCAUCAGCUUUACUCCCAAAGAAAUGGGCAGGUGCCCAGCCUCGUACCCCGAGCCCCCUGGCUACGUCUUUGAGGAGGUGGAUGCUUCGGGGCACAAGGUGUACAGGCCCGUCUCCCAGGCAGGCCCUGGGCAGUACAGCCAGCCUUCUGUGGGCGCCACAGAAAGCACUCACCAGAGGGAGUUGGCAGUGUUAGCUUGA